AUGCAAUCUUUCGAAGCGAAACUCGGCCGGGCAACAGCACCCAACAACAGGGAGGGGAUUCUUGGUGCCAUCGGCUUAGUAGUCAAUGCCAAAGGUGACGUGCUGUAUCAUCAUGCGUCAGGUCGUCAAUCCUUAGACACGGAUGCUUCGCCGCUCGACCCGAAUAGCACAAUUGUUCUUGCCUCGGCUGGGAAGUUUAUCACUCACGUCGCAGCCUUGCAACUCGUCGAGUGUGGGAAAAUUGGUCUUGAUGAGCCCGUCUACAGUUACCUUCCGGAGCUUGAGCUCCUCCCUCUGGUCACCCGGGGUGGUGAUCAGGAUGGCCAGUCGCUCUCGCUCCGCAGACCGGCUAACGAGACAACGCUCCGUCGCCUGCUUCUCCAUACGAGCGGCCUUUCUGAUCCCGAAGUCCCUCUGGUGAGCGAGUAUCUUGCUUCAGAUACACUUGAAAAGCCGAAAGUCGCCGAGGAUGCAGACCCGAUCGUCAAACAUUUCUCGAUUCCCCUCAUAUUUGAGCCCGGCGAGGGCUUUGCGUAUGGACACAGCAUCCACUGGACUCAACUACUCAUCAAACGGCUCAGUGAUGGCGGCAAUUUUGUCAGACACGUCCAGGAGCAUAUCUUCGCCCCUCUCUCCAUGGUGUCUUCGACUUAUGCACCGCAAGCCAACGCUGAUAUCUGGGACAGACGCCUGAGGAUGGUGGAACGAGAUGGCGACAGGCUUAUACCGGCGGACGACGCGUCACAAGGCUUGACAUGCAGCAUGUUAGAUUUUGGCGCAGUUCUUAGCGAUCUGGUCUCGCCGGUCCCAAAGUUGCUUGAGCAAGAGCAGCAUAUCGACCUUCUCUUUGCUGGUCAGCUCACACCAUCAAGCGCGUCCAUGACCGAUCUGCGCGGAAGCAACGAGAACUAUAAAUUUUGCGCGGGAACACCCGCAGCUGGGAGUGCAGCACCCUUGCUGAACUGGAGCGCAGCUGGUCUGGUUGUGGAGGAUGAAGAGCUCCCGCUAUCGCGGAUGCCCAGGGGCACGGUGACGUGGGAAGGGAUGCCGAAUGUGCUCUGGGCCAUGAACCGGGAAAAAGGGUUGGGCAUGUUUUUCGCGACGCAACUGCUCCCGGUCGGUGACAAGAAUGCCAAUGAGCUUGCUUUGGAGUUUAUGAGCAGUGCUUGGAGCAAAUUUGGUUAG